AGCAAGCAGGACUCGGACCGCUUCGUCUUCCUGCUGUGCACCAGGGCCGGGGGCCUGGGCAUCAACCUGACGGCCGCCGACACCUGCAUCAUCUUCGACUCGGAUUGGAACCCCCAGAACGACCUGCAGGCCCAAGCGAGGUGCCACCGCAUCGGGCAGUCCAAGGCGGUGAAGGUCUAUCGCCUCAUCACCAGGAACUCCUACGAGAGGGAGAUGUUCGACAAGGCCAGUCUCAAGCUGGGCUUGGACAAGGCCGUGCUGCAGAGCAUGAGUGGCAGAGAGGGCAACAUUGCCGGGAUCCAACAGUUCUCCAAGAAGGAGAUCGAGGACCUGCUCCGCAAAGGGGCUUAUGCUGCCAUCAUGGAGGAGGAUGAUGAAGGCUCCAAGUUCUGUGAAGAAGACAUUGACCAGAUCCUCCUGCGCCGAACCACCACCAUCACCAUCGAGAGCGAAGGCAAAGGGUCCACCUUCGCCAAGGCGAGCUUCGUGGCCUCGGAGAACCGCACGGACAUCGCCUUGGAUGACCCCAACUUCUGGCAGAAGUGGGCCAAGAAAGCGGACUUGGACCUGGAUCUUCUCAAUAGCAAGGUUGGAGAAGCCAAGCGGGGCUUCAGGAGGACCAAAGGGGGUCUUCUUUGA